UGCUAGCCUUAGUGGGGCACUGCAGUUGCUCGAGUCUUCUCAUCCAACCUUACCACCAAAGAAAACUGAGCUAAAAUGGCAUUAGCCGGCAUGGUCAAGGAAGCGGACGUCACUGCAGCCCUGAGCGCCUGCAAAGCUGCUGACUCAUUCGACCACAAGACUUUCUUUGGCAAGGUUGGAUUGAAAGCCAAAUCUGCUGAUGAGCUGAAGAAGGCCUUUGCCAUCAUUGAUCAGGACAAGAGUGGUUUCAUUGAGGAGGAGGAGUUGAAACUGUUCCUUCAAAACUUCUGCAAGGGUGCAAGGGCACUGACCGAUGGCGAGACCAAAAAGUUUUUGAAAGCUGGCGACAGUGAUGGCGAUGGCAAGAUCGGAAUUGACGAGUUCUCCGCUUUGGUUAAGGCCUAAACUGCAACUGACCAACAGAUCUUGCCCUGAAGGAACAACAUUGCCCAAGACCUCCCAUUUUCAACUAAUAAAACAUGAUUUUUGUAUUUGCUUAUGGAGAGAUUCCUCCCAUGCACCACAUUGUCCAAAAUGAUGAUUGCGAAUGUAGUCGGUUGCGUCUCAUGUCUUAAAUAUGAAUUUUGCUAACUGUAAAAUCUUCAAUGCACUUUUCGAGAAAGAACGAUAAGAAAAGAAUAAAUAUUCUUUUGCAAUA